AUGACACCACAAAGCAAGGUCAAAGUUCUCACAUCUAAAGGUCAAGGUCAGUCAAGUGGUAAAACCACAACCACCAUGCAUGACAGUCCCUAUAGCCUAGAGUCAGCAUGUAAGGAUCUGUAUACUGAUAUGUCUGUCUUCCAGUUCAUAGAGUUUAUACAAAUGCCACAAAGUCUGUCUGACCAGUCUAUUGUACCUCAUACCAAAGUGACCAAAGUAGAAACUGUAUUGAUACUGAUGCUGGUAUCCAGUGUAACACUGAUUCAGACUCAACUUACAUGUCCGUCUGGAUCAGGCGGUAGCUGCCAGUACACAAAUAUUGGUCUCGUGCCUACAGAUAACCAGCUGCCAAACCAACACUAUUACAUUGGAGGAUUGUUCGGAGUCCAUGACCGUGCGCUGGAUGCUUACUCCUGUCAGGAUGCUCCGAUACGUGAACGUGGGCUUCUGAAUAUGGAAGCAUUUCAUUGGGCAAUCAAGGAAUACGGCACAGGACAAAAUAUCUCCAUUGGAGGAGUAGCCCUUGAUUCAUGUUCACGUGUAGAACAAACCAUUGAAAACAUUCUGAGUUUUGAAACAUGUAAAGUUGGUUUUGGUAAUUUGAAUGCUGUUUCACCGCGAAACCUGCUGGCUUAUGUUGGACCAGACAGGAGUACGGAGGCAAUGGCUGUGGCAACGUUACUGAAGGACAUGAACAAGACUCAGGUCACCCACGCGGCCACCUCCCCAGAUCUGAAUGAUCCUGACAUGUAUCCAUUCUUCUUAAGAGCUGUCCCAUCUGAUGAACAUGAUGCUACGAUUAUUGCAAAGAUGUUACAAACGCUGAAUAUACGAUACGUCCUUGGCGUUUACCUUGGUAAUUCUUAUGGUCGUGGUGGAUUUGAGGCUCUUAAAUCAAAACUCGAGGGAACUUGCAUGGUUUAUGAGACAGAGAUGCCAGUUAUGGCCACAGAUGAUCAGCUGGAAGCCAUCGCUGAUGAGCUCAUUCAGAGGGAGGCCACACGAUAUGUUGUUGUUUAUGCUGAUGCAGCAAAUGCCAGAAAAUUGUUGAAUGCUGUUCAAACUAGAGAUACCACCAAGGUACAGAAUUUGUAUUUCAUAGGAACUUCUUCCUGGGCUGAUAAUACAGCUGUCACUGAUAAUUUAUAUGUGAAUGCAUACACACUUGAUUUGACCACACCUGCAGGCCAGCUGACAACUGAUGUAGCCAAGUUUUACCAGUACCUGAACACUGUGAAGCCGAGCACAAACUCCUGGAACCCAUGGUUUCAGGGUUAUUGGAAUGACAAGCUACAGUGUGGACAACGCACCUGUAACGAGGCUUCUGACAGUUUGACAGGACGCUACACACCUGAUGUUUACGUCCCGUAUACAAUACUAGCUGUCAGGUCCAUCAUUGAAGGUGUAAGAAUGGCUGCCUUGGCUGCAUGUGGGAAAUAUGAUCUCUGUUCCAAUUUGUUGAACCAGGAAAAUAGAGGCCAAAGGAUUUAUGGAGCAAUUGGUGACACAACCUUCUUUAAUAAUAGAGAGCUUGCAAACAACUACAUAUCUUACAGAAUCCUCAAGUUUCAAGUCAGUACUGGAUAUACAGAGGUUGGGACGUAUGCACCUGGUUCUGGUUCACCACUCAAUAUGGCCGCCCAGCCUGCCCUAUCUAACUCCUGUCCGGAUUCUCCCUGUCUGGUGUGUGGAGAAGUGCCACCCUCCCCCAGCACCACCACUGUCAGAACAACAGCGGCACCAGUGGUGACCACAACAGACCCUACUGAGGGUGGGAAAUACAAAUUCAUAAGGUUUAUGGCUGGUCAACACUUUACAGGUGUGUACUCCAGUAGCAUACGCAUGGACAAUGAGUAUGGAACCAGAUUUGACAUUGGACAGAAAUGGAUCAUUGCUCUCGGGGUUCUUGCUGGCGUUGGCUGUGUGGCUGUCCUUGUGUUUGAAAUUUACAUUCUUUUCAAACUGCUUGGAACACGAAUAGGCCGUCAGUGGAGAACGAUGUGGCUCGGACAACUGUUGCUGUUUGGUAUCUUCCUAUCUUACCUCACGCUUUUUGCAUUUCUGUUCAUCCCGACGAAAGCUACCUGUGGAAUCAUCAGAUUUGGAAUCGGAGUUUCCUAUGCAACUAUUUACUCUGUACUGCUAGUUAAACUGAUGGUCAUUCUCACCUCCACAACGUCAGAGUCACUGAUUCCAGGCGACGUCGAAUCUCCAAAUUAUCUCAAGGGCAUUUAUCAGUUCUUGAUGUUUAUUUUCGCAGUUGGUGUUCAAAUGGUCAUCGAUGUCCAGUGGCUAAUCCAAGUGCCUCCAGAGGCAGUCAAGGUGAUGACAAAUGGUGGAGAGGUAGCCUGGGUUUGUAACCACUUUACAUGGUCAGUAGAUCAUGGCUGGGGUGACAUGGAAAACUUUGUACGCAGCGAGUUUGAAAACCACUUAUUAUCCCUGGUUUAUGUCAUGUUCCUUAUUGUCAUAACAACCAUUGUUGCCAUGCGUGCCCAUGGAAUCAUUACAAAUCACCGUGAAAGCGUUUUUAUUGGGAUUGUGGCGGGUUUCUCCAUCCCCAUCUGGAUCGCUUGGGGGCUGGUUGGUGGCCUCAACAAGAAGCUGGAUGAUGGCCAUCAGUUUGGAGAUGCCUGUCUGGCGUUUGGGUUAUUCAUUGUUGCCACUUUGGCGUUGUUUUCCAUGUUCCUGCCCAAGGUGAGACAACUCAUCAAUAUGGGUGUAGAAGGAAUCUAUUUGGAGGACGACCGUGACACUUACUACAAUGGAUCAGUGAUCAUGGCUCCUCCCAGUUACAAAAGCCGGCCAAGUUCUGUUGUAUACGCCAACUCAGGAGGUGUUUACAGUGAUCCUAUCAUUAUUGGUAAUGGAGGCGACCCAAAUGCAGUUCACCUCAAACACCCUGGAUCAGGGAGUACAUUGAGUGCUCCCAUUUACUUGAGGAAGGGAGAUAACUACGGGACAGAAAGCAUCAGAGGUACCAAGGUCCUCCGUGUAACUGGCGAACUGACAGGCAAAAACCCCAAGAAACCUUCAUCUGAGAUAGGACAUUAUAGAAAAGCACAGUCUGAGAGUGGUACCCUAAGGAAGGCAGUUUCUCACCAGAAUCUAGGAUCACUCUGA